CUCAGCCAUAUACAUCACACCAUCAGAAUCAACAUAUCAACAGCGAAGUCUGAACGAAAUAAGUAUUAAUUUAGACAAAGAAUGGGUCUCAAUAAAUGCUCACCAAUUAACGUUUGCUCCUGUUACAGACCUACGAUGGCAAAGUAAAUAUGUUAUACGUUGUUUAUUAAUGUCGAGAUGAAUUUCUUUUUCUAAUUGUGAUUCAACUUGAACCAAAGUUUAUAGCUAUUAAUAUAACGAGAAUAAUUAAGCGAUUUAUAAUAAUCGAGGGGGAUGCUAGAUGACGAGGCUAGCCGAGUCACCUCCGCUUCGUCCGAGAUGGAUUAAAUCGCUAAUAUUCGAGUUAUAUUGAAGGUUUUAUCGUAUCAUCUACUUACCUUGUGGAAACAUUUUAGAUUUGCAAGAUAAUCGAGUAAAUAGAGGCAAUGUGUCAAAUUCGGUGUCAAAAACUGAAAGAUCAAUGGAAUGUUUACUAUGAUUUUGUGCCUAAUAUAUUUUGAGUUGGUAUCUAACGUAUAAUGUCUCGUAAGGAACGUAUUAAGCGAACAUAAUAGAUGAUGAUACGAUAAAAUACAUAAUAAGAAAAAUAAGAAUAAAUAAAUAAAAGGUCUAAAAAUGUUUUUAACUCGGUAUAUCUCGGUAAUUAAGAAAGUUUUGCUACUUUUUUUUCACUAUUAAUUUAUUAAUGAUAUUAUGUAUUUGGCAUAACUUGUCAUUUCCUUAUAUUGUGUGUAUAAGUUAAGACUCACUCUGUAUAAAAGUUAUAUGUGCUGUAUUGUUGUACACAUAGGGUGUUUUAUUUAAGAUUUUAAAAGUAUUGGGAGUAAUUCAUCUUUCAUAUUUAAAAGCCAAGGACACUCCUUCUCCGUGUACACGGACCGUAUCUUGAAUUUCGAAAUUUCUGAAAAAGAAUUACUAGGUUUGAAAAGACAGUUUACAUUUCCUGACAGAAAUGUAAGAAUAAAAUUACAUAGAAGAAAAAAAAUAAUUUUAGUAAAUAGCUACCGAAAAAACAGUGGAUUCAUUUUACCACAUUAGUCAAGCAUAAUACCGUAGAGUUAUUGGAAAAUGGAAUACCGUUUAAAAAAGUUAAUCUCUUGUUUAAACCAUAUGCUAUAAAACUUCUUCAGGGCACUCUUAAAUAUCAUGAUUAUAAAUUUCAAUACUCCAAUCAAACCAACGUUGACGCUGCGACGGUUUAUGAUUUAACAUUCCUCGAAAAUGUUAAAUGUAUCUCAAUGUUUGUAUCUGUCGACAAACAUUGUCAUUUAGAUAUUGUCUUAAAAUCAGGUAAUAAAAGUACUACUGAACAUGUUGAAGGGUUUAAUGAAGAACAUUCCUUAAAAAAAUGGAUCCGAAAAGAAAUAAAAUUAGAUAUUUCCGGAAAUGCAACUCUGACAUUAAUAAAAAACCGUAAAGAUGGUAAUACAGCUGGUUUUUGGGCAAUUGAUAAAAUACAUUACUGUAAAGAACAAGAUAGUUUCUCGUUAGAAGCUCUUUCACCUGAUGUUGAAUAUAUUUGCAAUGAAUUAUAUCCAACAAAUAAAACUGGAUCUGUUUUUGAAAUAUUACAAUCAUCUGACUAUUUCGGAAAAGAGUACAAAAUAAGCUGCAAUAUUUCAGAAGAAAAAUAUCUGGAUUGUAAACAUCAUAAGAUAUGCGUGAAAAAUAAAUGUUGUUGCGCUUAUAAAAAAUCGUCUUAUAGAAAAACUUGUUCGGAAACUGAUACUAUAUCUGCUGAAUCAGUCACCUCAAUUUCACAAUCUUCUAUUCCGCCACUUAUGAUUACUAGUUUUAGUGAUGUGAACUACAACAUGAAUAAUAAGACUAAGAACAUGGAAUUACAAUCUAAAUUGAAAAGGUUAUUGAAAUAUAUAACUAAUCCAUGGGAGACAGAGUGUUUAUUGCCAAAUAUUGUAAUAUCUUCUAAAAAUAAAGAACUUGUACUGCAAUGUUCACAGAAAAAUAAAAAAUCAGAAACAUUGAUUGUGCUUUACAUCAUUACAAAGGAUGAUGGAAAUUUACGAACAUCUAAAAUGAGCGUUGGAGUAGAACAUAAUAAAACGAUUUCAGUUGAUUAUAAUCACGAAUAUACGAUUAUCUGGUCAAUUGAAGGGUGCAAAAAUGCGACAUUUAACGUGACCGUUUUCUCUUCCAUAAGGAAGCUUUCCCAGAAACCAGUUACAGAAAUUUGCUCAGAGAGAUGCACUCUUUUACUUCCCGUUUUUAGUAACAUUAGUAAAUAUAUUGUUGAUAUAUUGGUUAUAAAAAGAUAUAGAACCUACAACACCACGUUGUUGUUUGAAACAUACAAUUCUAUGAAAAAUAAUAAUGGCCUGCAGAAAGAAGGAUGGAUUGUCAACUCGACACAAUGGACAAGAGUUACAAUUGACAAUCAGACAGAUGCAGUAUACAUAAAUAUAAAUCACAGUAGUGCAGUUUUCGUAAAAAAUCAAACUUUUAUUAAUUACGUUGUUUUAAAUGACAGAAAAGAAUUAACUAUGUAUCCUAUAACAUUUGAUUGGGAUGAAAGAAAUGAAGAAAACACAUCUCUGGAAAUCACGAUUAUCGCAUUUGUAGUUCCACAGUUAUUUAUUUUUAUGACAGUUAUAGUCAUUUUUCACAAACAAAUUAAGAAAAUAUGUUUCAAAACUAGUUUAGAAAGCACUGAAAGCAGGUCCGAAAGUGUACCACUACAAAGUAUUGUAAUUAACAGUGAAGAUAUCAGAAAUAUUAAAAAAGAAAACUUUAUAGAAGUUUUAAAGUGCAAAUUAGAGAAAAACGAAUUAGAAGAAGAGUUUCUGACACUUCCAAGUGUCACGGACAAAACAACGUGGGAAGCAAUAAGAAGCUUAAACAAAAAUAAAAAUAGAGAUUUUAAACUACAUAAUUUUCCAUAUGAUCAUAAUAGGGUUAUUCUUAAAGAACUGGAAGGAGUGGGAACAAACGAUUAUAUAAAUGCUAGUUAUAUUAAUGGUUUCGAUCGUUCCAAGGCCUAUAUAGCUAGUCAAGGACCAAAAUUUUUUACACUACGAGAUUUCUGGAGGAUGAUUUGGCAAGAGAAUAUAGAAUCAAUUGUAAUGGCUACCAAUUUCAUGAAUGACAGUGGGAAUAAAGUUAGAAUUAUUUUUUUCUUAUCAUAUGAUAAAUACAUCGUUUUCUGUUUUCAGAGACUGUGUGCUGAAUAUUUACCUGCAAAUGUAGAUUCAAUUUUUGAGUGCGGCAGCAUAACUGUUACGCUAGUUAGUGAACAAAAAUAUGAAUAUUAUGUCAAAAGAAAAUUAAUAGUUCGUUAUUUCGAGUUCGAACGAGAAAUUUCCCAUAUUCACAUUAAAUGGCCAUCUGAUAAUUUUUUUCUGUAUCCAAAUGAUUUAAUGCCCGCAAUUAAACAAAUAAGAAAAAUGUACGAAAAAAGCUUGCAUCCAAUCUUAAUCCAUUCUGGAUUUGGUACUACAAGAACAGGAAUAUUAAUUUUAUGUGAUAUGGCGCUAGAAAUGCUUAAACUUGGUAAUACAAUUAAUAUUUACUACUUAACUAAGAAUUUGAGAGAACAAAGACGCAACAUUAUUAAUUCAUCGAGACAAUACAUUUUAGUUCACUUAAUAAUAUUGGAAUAUAUAAUGAAAGAAAAAUAUUUUUCAUUCAGUACUAGUAUCAAUGAUCAUCUUCAAGACCGAAAUUAUAAAAAUCAGUUGAAAUACAUCAAAAUAUUAUGUGAUUAUGAUAAAAUUGUUCGAUCUUGGUUGCCAGAAGGUCCAGAAUACAAUCUUCCCAUAGUAUUUGCUGAUGGCUAUGGAAAGUAUGAAAAAUAUAUAGUGUCACAACAGCUAAACAAAAAUGAUGUUAAUACGUUCUGGAUAUUAAUUGCUGAUAAGUGUGUAAGUUGUGUCGUGCUUCUAAACAAAAUAAAAAAAAAUUUUCAGUUGUACCCUUGCAGAAAUACAUAUGAAGAUCUUGUUAUUAAAGUAGAAUGUAUAAAUACCAAAGAAGUUUGCAGUUAUGUCUUAAGAACAAUGUCUUUGUUAAUUUAUAACAAAACUUCUAAAAUAAUAAAACAUCAAAAAAAUAUUGUAAUUUACGAGCUUAAAGAGGACACAAAACAAUCACCAAAUUUUGCUAAUAAUAUUUUGCAAUUAAUAUGUGAAGUUAAGAAGUAUAAUAAAAUUAUUGUUCCUUGCAGUGAUAGAAUUACGAUGUGUGGGGUAUUUUUAGUAUUAGCUUACAUAAUAGAAAAGUACGAAACAGAACUUAAAAUCGAUGUAGGCAAUGCCAUACGUGUUGCAAGAAGAAGUGGAAUUCAGUUUGUUAAUUCUCCGGAACAAGUAAAACUUAUACACUUAUGCAUUGUAAAAUACUUGAUAUUAGUUUUAAUUAAACAUGUUACAAGUGGUUUUAUAAAAAGGGGACAAGCUAAUUUACACCUUGUAAAGCUGACGACUAAUGAGUGACGAAAAUUGUCAAUUAAUUAUUGACACCGUUAAUUAUCACUUAUAAAACCCCGAGUGUGUUGAUUGUUUCCAGAAUUUUUUUCAAAUGAUUGUCAAAAACGUGAUUAAUUAGUUCGAGCGGAAAAAAGACAAAAAAAUGUACUGUGCUAACCCGGCGCAUCCACCAAAAGUUGAACAUAAAUCUAAUGAAGUUAUUGGUAGGUUAAAAAAAAACAUCGAAAAAAAUAAAUUUGUUUAUUAAACAAACCAACGAGUAAUAGUUAAUAGUCGAUUAAUGUACAUAGGAAGAGCACCACAAAAUUUUUUAAGUGAUAAACAAUACAAUGACCUUAACCUGUCUCCUAAACCCGUUCUUCUAAAUUAUCACAAUCUUUACACCACGACAGCGGUUUUAUUAACAUUUGUAAAACUCCAUUUCUGGAAAAUACUAUCGGCACACUUUUCCACAACGACUCCUUUUCCAUUUUCCACUCCAGCACUGCUUAGACAUUUCCCAGAAGUCGGAUUAUAAAUGGUUCCGUUUUUAUAAAAUAUCCAAAAUUGUUCCCGUUUAUGACCAUGACAUUCCGUCAACUGUACUUCUCGAACACCGAACGUUUCGGCACAAAAAUUCUCCUUCCUCAGCUCCCCUUUGAAACUCAAAGAGAAAUACUGCGACAUUGCCAAGUAUGGGUGACACUGGUACAGACCCAAUGGGCCAAUUUUAUCCUCCCCUAAUUGUAAAUCAUCCAGACACAUCCCGUAAUCAUUUUGGACUUGUCCAUGGGCGUAGACAUUCUCAUCCGGGAUGAAUUUCUCCGGAUAGACAUUUUCCAAAUACCAUUUGAAACUCUUACAUCUCAAUUUUUGCCUCAACUGUUUCCGGUGUGUCAAAUCCCCGACCACUGGAUUAUUCUCCAACGCUGGUUGGUACAUAAAAAAAAAUCUUUUAUAAUCAUCCAUCCAUACAUGGGCAAGUCUCGCUGUAUUAAUCCCAUGGGUGUCUUUAUUAUCCGGGAAGGAAUAUGGGUGAAAAUCUCGGAAAAUAUGUCCAACUCUGGAACAAGGCACCGUUUCUAGUCGCCCCCCACAUUGCCAAAUCCGAAAACUCAUUUCCAGAUUCUCCCCACCCCAACCAUCCAUCUGCUCAUCAUAUGAUCCAAUCUCCCAGAAGAAUUUCCGAUCUAUGGCAAACAAUCCUCCGGCCAUUGUGGGCGAUUUCACCGGAGUCAACUUGUAUUUAUCUUCGUCGUUCUGGAUGUCGAUCCAGGUGAAAUGACCCGACCAUGAAAAACCACCCACUUGGUACGACGUGUCCCCAUUGGUCGAAUAAGCUAAAGUGUUGGCUUCAAUCACAUCGAUGAUUGGUACAAGAACAGCGGUGUGGUCUUGCUCAAUGCGGGACAAAAGGGGCUGCAUCCAAUCAGUGGUGGCUUCACAAUGGGCGUCAAGGAAGACAAGGACAUCCCCAGUGGCGAUACGGGCCCCCUGGAGGCGAGCACGAAUCAGACCCAUGCGGGAUUUGAGGUGGAUGAGCCGGAUGCUGGUGGUUGAGAGACGAGUUUCGAUGUAGUAGUCGAGGAGGCCCUUGAGGGUCUCUAUUUAAAGAAAAAAUAAAAAAUCAGACCACUGUGAUCGCAAUUUCACACAGGCGUAUAUAUUUGGUUGCAUACUCUAGAAGUUUUUCCAAAAAAUAUUACAAAUCAAAGAAAAAAAGUCAAAAGAGUAAAGUGACGCUUCUCUCUGUUUGAUCUAAUGUUGCCAAUUUAAUUUAAUAGCAUAUUCGCUUAGUUGUUUCAACAUUUGUUUUUCAUUUUCAAGAAAAAUUGAAUAAUUACAGGUCAAGAAACUCGUUCAAAGUUUUUAUGUUGUCUGUAACAAAAUUUCAACAAGAAAAAGUGAAAUAUUAGGAGCAAAUAGUGAUUGUU